AUGCAAGGUACGAUCUCAAUCUCGACCGCCCACAGGGCUAGCGUCAUGGCGCCUGAGGAGCACUGACAUUCGCUAGCAUCGGGUCGUCUUCAACUUCCCUUAUCACUCAUUUGCUGUCUGUCGCUGGUUUGGUGCCAGAAUUGAAUUGCGGUAAAGAGAUCGCCUGGCGAGCCACUCACGAGCAGGGAAGUGGGGCUGCAGCUCUACGUAAUUGAAGGAGAGACGGGCGAAACUCAGGUGUUCACUGCACCAGAAAGGCCCCCAAAAAAAGAACCGCCCACCAAAAGGCCCAGAGGUUUGCACGAAGAAAACAUCAUCACGACACAAGGCUUCGGCGGCAAUACGGCCUGGAAAACUGCAGCUGGAGCAUUGGCAGACUUUUCGAUGUAUCCUUUGGGACAUGCACUAUGGCUUCCAUCUCUACAAGGAAAUACCGUAUUCGAUUCAUGUACUAAACUCAUCGCUGUGUGAACUACCUCAUGACUCGUUGCGCCGCCUUUCGAGUAGCCAGACACCCGUCAAACUCCAACGCCUAAUAAUGGCAAUGUUGCCGUGUACUUCGCCUUUGCGUCGCUUUCCUUUCACGGAAAACUUGCAGCAACAUGCCCCAGCAAUAACCCUUCAUCAUGGCUCAUCAUGGCUCAUCAUAGCUCAUCAUAGAUUCCUGAAAGAUACUGUCCCACUCUCCCCUUUCUCAUGACUUGCUGCUAUGUGUUGUUGCUA